AUGGAAGCCUCGGAAACCGCCUCCGGAGUGGAGACUGCUCCUGGAGGAAGACCGGCACAGUCUCUAGUGGAGACCAGCGAAGCAAGUGGCGCUACUCUACGAAAUGGAACCACAAGGCCUCGCAGAUCAAACAGGAUUGGAGAGGGGAACAGCUUGGAUCGGUCGAUCAUACAAGACAAUCCCACUAUAACCCAGAAACCCAAAAGGCAGCAUUGGACGAGAGAAAUGAACGUCAGUCUGAUCAAUGCUUAUUUUGAAGCCACUGAGGCCCAGGUAAAAAAUAUAGAGACCAGAAAACUUCUAGCGCUGGACGAGAUCGAAGCAAUUAAGGCAAACAUAGCGAGAAGUUCAAUAGGCAGAACGGUCGAGAACAUAAGAAGGAGCAUACAACGGAGAAGCACAACAGCACUACCACCGACCGAAGAAGAUCAAAAUGAGAGGGAACACAAACUAAUAGAACCUGAAUUCGAUGAGGUCGCAAGAGAAAUGAGGACGCUCUACCAGCAAGUCACCAUGAAAUGGGAGGGAAUAGAAAUAGAUAGAAGACCCAAAAUCCCAAGAAUUGACCAAAACCAGAAUACCCAAGAAACUGUUCAAGCCGUCAACAACGCCUUAGAGCCAGUAUUCAAAAACGCGAAGAACCUCGAAGAGCUCUGCCACACAGUCUACUGCACUGCGACAGUCACCAGCAUCAUCCUAAAAAUCGAAAACAAAAAGACAACACAAGUUAAACGUCACCAACAAAAACCACCAUGGGAAGAAAGAAUAGAGAAGAAGAUAAUCAAUCUUAGGAAGGAAAUAGGAGUACUACAUGCAUACCUGAACAACAGAAAACCACAAUACAAGGAGAGAAUAAAGACGUACACAGAAGGCCUUAAACAAAGGAUCGCAGCAUUAGGAAACAGAUUGAGGAGAUACAAUAAGAGGACUCAAAGGUACCGAGACAACAACCUGUUCGCAAACAAUCAGAGGCAGUUCUUCAGGAAACUGGACGAAGACAAGAACGUACAAACAACGAAAACUCCAUCCCCAACCGACAUGCACAAGUACUGGUCGAAUAUUUGGUCAAAUAAAGGAACACAUAACACAGAGGCAACAUGGAUUGAACAAGAAAAGAAGAAACACGCAAAUCUUCAAGAAAUGUCCACGAUGAACAUAGAAGAGGAAGAUGUCAAGAACACAAUUGAGAGAAUGAAAAACUGGACUACCCCCGGCAUAGACGGCAUACAUAACUUUUGGUGGAAAUCGUUCUCACACACUCACCAAACACUAGCACGACUGAUACAAGAGGCCAAAGAAAAUCCUCACAAGAUACCGAAGUACUUUACACACGGCACGACUCUCAUGCUCCCAAAAAAAGGUGACCUGACACAGCCUGAAAAUUACAGACCCAUAACAUGUUUACCGUCAGCGUACAAAAUAAUAACCUCUACCAUAGGACACAAGAUUCGAACCCACCUAAAAUCAAACAACAUUAUGGCAUGGGAACAGGCAAGAUGCAGAGAGAACGGGCGAGGAAGUAAGGAAUUUCUGAUGAUUGAUAGCAUCUUAACGAGACAGGCAAAAAGGAAACUGAAGAACUUAUCAAUGGCCUGGAUCGACUAUCGGAAGGCAUACGACUCGGUUCCCCACUCGUGGCUAUUGGAAGUCCUGGAAAUAUACAAGGUGGACAAGAGAAUAAUCAAUUUAAUAGAAAGCCUAAGGUCAAUGUGGCGCAAAACACUUACAGUCAACACCAAGAGGACAAAAUACAACACGGAGGAAAUAAAGAUCGAAAAGGGCAUAUUUCAGGGAGAUGGACUAAGCCCGCUGCUAUUUUGCCUCGCUCUGAAUCCUCUAAGCAACAUGCUGAACAGAUCUGAAUACGGCUACAAAAUAGAAGAACAGAAGAAAAUAACACACUUAUUUUAUAUGGACGACCUCAAACUGUACGCUAGGGGAAAAAAACAACUAGAAGGAGAGCUUGAACUCGUACGGAGGUUCAGCACAGACAUAGGGAUGAGAUUCAGUCUGGAGAAAUGUGCAACGGUAGAGGUGAAAAGGGGAAAAUUAGUGGAAGGCGAGAACAUCAGACUGGCAGAUGGACGAGAGAUGGCGAACAUGAAGGCGGAGGAUAGGUACAAAUAUUUCGGCAUACAGCAAACGUACGAAAUUAAACAACAAGAAAAUAAGAAAGCGGCAGAAACAGAACUCAUAAGAAGAACAAGAAAGAUAAUCAACUCACAAUUGUCCGCCAAAAACAAAAUAAACGCCAUCAACAUCUGGGCUAUACCCACAUUUACGUACACGGCUGGAAUACUUAAUUGGUCGAAAACAGAUUUGGAGAACUUGGACAGACGAAUAAGAACAACACUCACACAACAAGGCAUGCUACACCCAAACUCUGCGAUAGAGCGGCUCUACUUACCUCGAAAAGAAGGAGGACGCGGACUCAGCAGCCUGGAACAUACCUGCCUGAAAGAGGAAAAAAAUUAA